ACCCAAGGUUCAACCAUGAUUCAUAAUGAAGCUCAGUACUGCAAUGAACGACUCCCUUUUAAGUCUUUAGCCACUCUCACCCACUCUCCUAAAACCUGUUUCCAAAAGCAAAGAAAUUGGUUCAAGCUUACAGUGUCUCCUUUAUUUACUCCUCAAACCCAUAAAAAAAACCUUGAAAACGAAAUGCAUUCUUUCGCUGCCCAAUCCCAUCUCCUUCCCUCUUCCAUCCGCCGGCAAUGGCCUGCUUCUUCCUCCCGCGCUUCCCCACGCCCCACCAAAAUUAAAUGUCUCCUCCCUUCUCGAAACCCUGAACCCCAGAAGCCCACUUCCCUCUUCAGACCUCUCGCGCUUGCCUCCGCUUCCGCUGCCACUCUCUUUAUCCGCAUCACUCCCAUUUCCACCCUUCUCAGUGUAGGCGGCGGGGAAUACAAUUUUGGCGGAACCGGCGGUGGAGGAGGAGGAGGUGGUGGUUCUGGUGGUGGUGAUGGAAGCAGCGGCAACUUUUGGGAAAAGUUCUUUGCGCCUUCGCCGGCAAUUGCGGACGAUAAUAACCAAUCCCAAGAAUGGGAUUCUCAUGGAUUACCAGCCAACAUAGUAGUUCAACUUAACAAGCUCAGCGGGUUCAAAAAGUACAAGCUUUCAGAUAUUUCAUUCUUCGACCGACGGCGAUGGACCACGGUUGGAACUGAAGAUUCGUUCUUUGAAAUGGUUUCGUUGAGACCAGGAGGGAUCUACACAAAAACCCAAUUACAAAAAGAGCUUGAAACUUUAGCAACUUGUGGAAUGUUCGAGAAAGUUGAUAUGGAAGGCAAAACUAACCCAGAUGGAACCUUGGGAUUAACCAUUUCUUUUACAGAAAGCACUUGGCAAUCAGCUGAUAGGUUUAGGUGUAUAAAUGUGGGGCUAAUGGCUCAAUCCAAGCCUAUUGAAAUGGACCCUGAUAUGACAGAUAAGGAGAAAUUGGAGUAUUAUAAGAGCCAAGAGAAGGACUAUAAGAGAAGGAUUGAGAGAGCUAGGCCUUGUUUGUUGCCGGUGCAAGUGCAUAGAGAAGUGUUGCAGAUGUUGAGGGACCAGGGGAAAGUGAGCGCUAGGUUGUUGCAGAAGAUAAGGGAUAGGGUUCAGAAAUGGUACCAUGAUGAAGGGUAUGCUUGUGCUCAGGUUGUCAACUUUGGGAACCUGAAUACUAAGGAAGUGGUUUGUGAGGUUGUGGAAGGGGAUAUUACACAGCUUGUGAUUCAAUUCCAGGAUAAGCUUGGGAAUGUUGUUGAAGGGAACACCCAGCUUCCUGUUGUCAGGAGAGAGUUGCCUAGACAGCUUCGACAAGGCAACGUCUUUAAUAUUGAAGCUGGGAAACAAGCCCUGAGGAACGUUAACUCACUUGCUUUGUUUUCAAAUAUCGAAGUGAACCCACGACCUGAUGAGAAGAAUGAGGGAGGCAUCAUUGUUGAGAUAAAGCUCAAAGAGCUGGAUCAAAAAUCAGCUGAAGUCAGUACAGAGUGGAGUAUUGUACCUGGACGUGGGGGGCGUCCCACAUUGGCUUCACUUCAACCUGGUGGAACUGUCUCUUUUGAGCACCGAAAUCUCAAAGGUCUUAACAGAUCUAUUCUUGGUUCAUUAACCACCAGCAACUUUUUUAACCCUCAGGAUGAUCUUGCUUUCAAGCUAGAAUAUGUGCAUCCUUAUUUAGAUGGUGUUUAUAAUCCACGCAACCGGACCCUUCGUGCAAGCUGCUUCAACAGCAGGAAACUGAGCCCAGUUUUCACUGGUGGCCCUGGAGUUGAUGAAGUCCCACCAAUAUGGGUUGACAGAGCUGGUGUUAAAGCUAACAUUACCGAGAAUUUCACCCGUCAAAGUAAAUUCACUUAUGGACUUGUGAUGGAAGAGAUAACAAUGCGAGAUGAAAGCAGUCAUAUUGCCUCAAAUGGUCAAAGGGUGCUGCCAAGUGGUGGCAUCAGUGCAGAUGGACCUCCUACUACUCUCAGUGGUACUGGUGUUGAUAGAAUGGCAUUUCUACAGGCAAAUAUCACACGUGAUAAUACUAAGUUCAUAAAUGGAGCUAUAGUUGGUGAGAGGAAUGUGUUCCAGGUGGAUCAAGGACUUGGUAUUGGCAGCAAGUUUCCAUUCUUUAACCGCCACCAAUUAACACUUACCAGAUUUCUCCAACUAAAGCAAGUGGAAGAAGGUGCUGAUAAACCCCCACCACCUGUUCUAGUCCUUCAUGGCCAUUAUGGAGGCUGUGUGGGCGACCUUCCAAGUUAUGAUGCUUUUACUCUUGGAGGCCCCUAUUCUGUGAGAGGUUAUAACAUGGGUGAAUUAGGUGCAGCCAGAAACAUUCUUGAGCUUGGAGCUGAGAUUAGAAUACCAGUGAGAAAUACACAUGUUUAUGCAUUUGCAGAGCAUGGGAAUGAUCUAGGAAGUUCAAAGGAUGUAAAGGGGAACCCAACAGAGGUAUACAGGCGAAUGGGCCAUGGUUCAUCAUAUGGUGUUGGUGUCAAGCUAGGUCAAGUGCGAGCUGAGUAUGCUGUUGACCAUAACACCGGAACUGGUGCAGUCUUCUUCAGAUUCGGAGAAAGAUAUUAAUAUGAGAUCUAGGGUCAAAUUUUGCAGUGAGAUGCAGGGAACUAGGUAUACCAUUUAAUCGGCUUUCUUGUUUGAAAUAAUAAUUUCUAGUUUUAGAUCACAAGGAAAUUGUUGGUUUGUGAGUAACACUUUCCAUAAUUCCCGAAGCCCCCUUUGCCUAUUAUAUGUAUAUAUCUUCCUAAAGCAAACUCAAUAGAACUUGUUCAUGGUAUGCUGUCAUGGACUAAGUUUUGUCUUGAUCCCCUUGCGCAUUUGAUUUGAAUUUGUGAUCUUGAAUAUCUUCUCAAGUAAUAAGCAAGUCACAAGUUGGUCCAGAAAA